CACAAUCAAAAUACAGAGGCAUGCAUACAGCUUCACAUUCCAGAGCGUGUCGAACAAAAUUGCGAUUCCAGUGGCGGCUGUUGUGACUCUGGUAUUGUUCAGACAAAAACAGAUGCAGGUUGCUUUACAUGCUUCCCAAAAUUACCAUAAAUAAAUAGACUGCCUAUCUUCAUCUAGUAACUACAGCCCUUUUCUCCCGUAUGAGAUCACUGCACCAGUAGUAAACACAGGAUGGUGAGGUUAUUUUUGAAGGAAAGAGGUGACUUGCACAGGAGCUCUCUUCUCAAUGUGGCAGUGGCACUCCUCUGGUCUUUGCAUGGCCGGAUUCUGCACUCUGAAAUCAUGUCCAAUGUGGAUGUUCUUUCCAUCCGUCCUUCUGCAGAUGUUGCCUUGAGUGGACAGCCAGUGAAAAUCAUUGAUCAAUUUGUCCCUCCUUACGUUGUGCUUGUCAGAAGCUCUGUUCUUGUUCCGGUACUCGUCUUGGAGUUCGUGUAAAUGUUUUGGUUGAGCUUGGGAUCGUCUCCUCUGGAUCUUGUUUCAGCAAGUGAGAGUGGCAAGUUACUUAAACUAAUGACGUUUUGGUUUUCGGCCCCAUCUGAAGUCGCUGAUAGGAAGCGCUUAAGCUGAGCUCGCUGACAGGUGAUUCGACCUUUAUUCCAGCUUGGGUGGGAGAAUGCUGAUGAUUCAUUCUCUUCCAGAUAUGAAUAUACUGCUUUCGCAAGGGGAAUAUUUUGGGAGUCAUUCUCCAUCCUCCCUCGCCUGCAUUUAACAGAGAUCAGCUUCAGGCAAAUCCAAGUGACCCAUUUCAAUAUGGUACAAAAAUGUUGCGAGUAUUUGUUAGUUGUGAAAGGUAAUCCAAAACAAAUAGGUGAACAGUUAGACCAUAAGAUAAAUGUUGCUUACUGUU